GCCUCGGCCGCGCAGGCCCGCGCGGAGCUCCCCCCCGCGGACCUCCCCGACGCGGCGGCCGAGGGGGCCGAGGCGGGGCCCAGGCAGGAGAAGAGCUCGGAGGCGCUGGACACCAAGAAGAGCCAUGGCAAGAAUGAUGAGGCCUUUCUCGGAGAGUUAGGUCUUCGAAGUCGACGAUCCGACCGAGAAAAAGGAGAGCGCGGGGAAAUCGCACGCGUGCUACCAGUGCCGCGAAGAGAAGGAAGAGCAUUUGAUGACUAAGAUGCGCGAAGCCAAGAAGGAAGGCGCGCCAGCAUCUUGGAUCUGCAAACCAUGCAAUGCGGCCAAUUCUCGCAUCAAGCGGUUGUGCAACACGAACGAGUUCAUAGCAGAGGGCAUUAAGAAACUUUCGCAGGACCAGCGGAAGAGCUUGAUUCAGAAGUGCCAUAGCCUGUUCGACGACGCGCUCGUCAAAGUCGUGACUGAGGAGGCGCAGCAAGUUCCCAGCCAGCGUUGCACUUCUAAAUCCAGCAUGGGCGGCGACAUGAAGCUCGUUAGAGACGUCGAGAAGCGGUUGGCCGCGGAGACCGACGACGAGGAAAAGGGCGCCCUCAGGAUGCCCCCGGACAAGGGGGUACGCCACAAAUGCCAAUACACAGGUCGCGAAUGGAUCUGGGAGUCUUCGUAUGCCAUCUCCAAAGAUCAGGAAGAAAUCCAAGAGCAGCGCCAGAAACGCACUAUCGAGCAGGAGUCGAAGGUGAAAGGCAAGAAGUUGAAGCGCCCGGCGGCCAGCAAGCAUGAGGGCGACGAUGACACGGAACAGACGAAACCGCUCAGGGCGGCCGAGAAGAAGAAGUUGGAGAAACCUCAGACUGUUUUCAAUGAGGGCAUGUUUGAGCUCGAGAAAGUUAUCUCACUCGGCCAGAACAAUUCUGAGGUCCCAGAGAAGGUCAUGAUUGAGGCUAACAAGGUUGCGGAUGAUAUCAGGUCCGAGCGGGGGCGCAUUGAAAAGGCACUCUUCGACGGCAUGGCCCUGCCAUCGAUCGUGAAGGAGAUCCUCGAGGGGGCUGAGGAGAACAAGAAGCAGCUCUCCAAGAAGACUUCGGUGCUCGAGGCGUUCGUGGAGGAUUGAGCUUCCAGCAGAUAUCCAACGCUGCAGCCCCUGCAGAGCGCCCAAACUGAUCCUCAGGUGCCCCUCAGGUGCCUUCAGGUGUCCCUCAGGUGCCCUUA